UACGCAGCUGAGGCAAAAAAGGAAACGGCGAAACAUUGCAAAGAAAAAAGGCAUGAAAUGAGUACAUUCAGCAGCAAGUAGUCAGUAGUGGUUACAUAUUGGUGAAAUAAACAAGAGAAAUAAAGAAAAAAUCAUUAUUUAAUACAGUGAAAAACAAUAGUCAGUGAAUUUUUUUAAAGAAAAUCUGUUAAAAAAAGAUUGUAAAAUUUAAGUUCUUUGUGUUGCAUGUACCUUUUUGUGUUUGAUAUACCUCCGUGUUAAUUUUGAGGUUUUUUCAACCAUUAAAGCAAGCAGAAAACUAUUCUGACGCCUAAAAUUAUACUAAAAAAAUUGCAUAUUGCUGUAAGAAAGCGAAAAGGAAGUUUCUUAAAAGUACCUAAAAAUAUACUACAUAUAUGUGAGACACACAAAGAGGAAGCACAACAACGAGAAUAAGUAAAAGAAGAAGAAGUAGAAAACACAUCCUAUAUCCUUUUUCUGCUUAGAGCUGCAACUGGAAAUUGCGUUGUUCCCCUUUUGCUUAUAGGGAUAAUUUCAAAUUGGCAAAUAUUCUUAUGCAGUAAGAAAUAAGCAAAAGGUAGAAACUUAAAAACAAGUAGUAGCCGAAAGAAUAAAACAUAAUUAACUGUGAAUAUGCGUGGGUUGAUCGAAGAUACGAAAAAGCUGAGUGUGAAUAAUAAUAAUAACAACAAUAAUAAUAGUAGUAAUACUGCCACAACUGGUGGUGUUGUUAAGACCUCCUCGACCUCAGUCACUGGCGGCAGAACUGCAAGAGCAACAACAACAAGUGGUAAAGUGGUUACCAGCAGCAAACAGACAGCCCAACAGCAAAAACAAAAACAAUCAUCACAACAGAGUGUUGCUGCAACUACAAAGACAUCAUUCACCAACAAAACCAUGCAACAACAAUCGACAAUAACGGCGACGAAUACUACCACCAAUUCGAAAUUAGGCAAUUCCACUCCAACAGCAGGAGUAAAGCUGCGUGCAAAACAACAAGCAACGAAGCAAGUGCUGCAGAAAUCCGAAAAUCACAAUAACAAUUCGUCAUUAACAUCUGCCACCGGGGCCAGCUCGAAUUCGUCAACAAUUGCCUUGCCCAAGGCCUCACAUGCCAAUAGCAGCAGCGGCGGCGUCAACAAUACUACCACCACCAGUGAGGAGAUUUCUGGUGGUGUUCAAGACACCAUCUAUUUAUGCAAUUUCCGUGUGUCAGUCGAUGGUGAAUGGUUAUGCUUAAAGGAACUGCAAGACAUUGAUAGUACUCCCGCCCCGGUUAGUGCUUCAUCGGGUGCUCUCAACAGUGGUGGAGGAGGCUCUGGCUUUGGUCAACGCCAUUCGCAAAAGAACAAACGCUAUUCGGCCGGUGAUCGUCAUUCGUAUGGUGGUGGUGGUGGUGGUAGCGGCGGUGCUUUCGAGGAUAAUGGUAUAUUUGCUUUACACAAUUUUAUUGCUGGUCGACGUUUAUUUGUUGAUGAACAAGAGCACGCUUUUAGAACAAAUAUGCUUACGGCACCACAUGCACGUGAAAGUGGCUUUGUCGGUGUUUUUGGUGGUGGCGGUGGCAACGGCUCUUCGAAUGAAUGGUCAAAUCUUUCUCGUGAUCCGGCAGAAAUAGAGCGUAGUAAUUUGGUGAAUAUAUGUAAAUUAGUGGUUAAAGAGUUACUUGAACAAUCAGUUCGCUAUGGACGUAUGCUGGACUCGGAUCAUUUGCCAUUACAACAUUUCUUCAUUGUUAUCGAACAUGUUUUGGGUCAUGGUUUGCGAACAAAAAAGGGCUUAUUGGGACCACGCAAAGAGCUAUGGGAUCUCUUGCAGUGUGUUGAGACCUAUUGUCCCGAAGCUCAAGAUAUAACAGCAAGUGUACGCGAUCUACCCACAGUGCGUACUCAUAUAGGUCGUGCACGCGCCUGGUUGCGCAUAGCAUUAAUGCAAAAGAAAUUGGCCGAUUAUCUGCAGGCUCUAAUUGAACAUCGCGAAGAUGCCCUAUUUGAAUAUUAUGAACCGCAUGCUCUAAUGAUGAGUGAUGAGAUUGUUAUAAUUAUGGGCAUUUUGGUGGGCCUUAAUGUUAUCGAUUGUAAUUUGUGUGUUAAAGAAGAGGAUUUAGACUCACAACAAGGUGUUAUAGAUUUUUCCCUUUAUCUACGUUCGAGUUCACGCAAUAAUGACAAUGAGGAGGAUAGUCAACAACAACAGGCCGCAAUCGAUGCAAAUGGUCAGGGAAAUAUGAUUGCGGUAUUAGAUCAGAAAAAUUAUAUUGAAGAGCUUAAUAGGCAUUUGAAUGCAACUGUGGCCAAUUUACAAGCCAAAGUUGAGUCAUUGACUACCACAAAUGCUUUAAUGAAAGAAGAUCUGGCCAUAGCUCGUAAUAGUUUGUUAGCACUGCAGGCAGAAAACCAGGCUAUGAGACAAAAUUCUAUAGCAAAUGUUGGACCACCUUCGUUAAAUUCUAAUCAAAGUGACAAUAGCUCCAAUAAUUCCAAAGAAAAUGAUAAAGCAUUGGUGGAAAAUCUAAAGGUGGAACUGGAUAAGGAAAAGAAGAAAGGUUCCGAGCUGGAAAAAGAACUAAAACUACAAGUAGCUUUGAAAGCUGAAUCGGAUAUGGCCAUGAAAUUAUUGGAAAAGGAUAUACAUGAGAAACAAGAUACCAUAGUGUCGCUGCGAUUACAGCUGGAUGAAAUAAAACAAAUCAAUUUGGAAAUGUAUCGCAAAUUACAGGAAUGUGAAGAUGAACUUACCCAGAAAGGUGAAAUGGUAGCUCGUCUUCAAACCAAAGCCUCGCAAAUUGGCAACAUUCUACAAUCGCUGGAAAAGAAAUAUGAGAAUAAGCUGGAUCAGCCACCGGUUACCUCGGCCGAUAAGUCACCCAAUACGCGGCGACAACAAAAUCUACAAAAAUUCGAAGCCAUGACUAAGAAGCAUAAACAAGACAUUGGACCACCUAUGAAACGUUUACAUUUGAAAAUGGACAACAUACCGCCCUUCAAUCCCAACAAUUAUCGCAAAUCGCCUUCAGCCACCUCAGAAAAGUUCCACGAAUCCACACCGGAAGUUAAGACACCGCUAUCGGCCAAGUCUCUUAAGCUAUGCCUGGAUGAUGGCCAUACAAUAACAGACGCCGACUUGAGUCUACACAAGGAUGAUGAUGACGAUAUGACUCCGGCCGCUUCGUUACCCAACAAUGCCAGUUCUUCAAUGGGGGCAUUUUUUAUGCCAGAUGAACAAAAGGCAGCAGCUAAUUGAGAUUAAGUUUUGAUCAUUAAGUAAAGAAAGUAAAAAAAGAAGGCUAUUAGUUUAGUUGAUUGUGUUUCGUUAAACGAACAUUAUUGCAUUUAGUAAGAAAGGAAAACAAAAACCCAACACAUUUUAACAUUCUCUUUCAAAUUUAAAAUUGUUAUAUCACUCAUGAUGGGUUAGCUAACAAACAAAUUUAAAAACUAAGUUUCAACACUCUAUGUACACAAGCUUGGCUAUAAUAGGUUCUUGAUAACGAUAAGGCUCAAACAAUUUCUGUGUGUUCUUAAUUUGCUAAAAAUCUUAUAGUGGGUCAAAUUUGCUUGGAAUAUGGAACCAAUCAAAUUUUAAUUGAUUUCAGGAGAUUUCUCUUCCUGGAGAAAACGGAGGUUUCGUACUUCUGUUGAUAAAGGUCUUCUAUAGCCGCCUCAGAUCUUCUCGUUCAAGUUUAACCGGCAAUAUCACAUCAAAGUCUGACUUACAAUCCCUCAUACCUACCGAUGAUGAUAGUAGUAUUUUGUUUACCAAUCCUGGAGUCUAAUUCUCCUGAGCCGCUGAAGAAAAUAUUCAUCCGCCCAAGGUGACCUCGUCCGGCGUGCUCAACUCAUUCUGUGUCGUCGCGCUAAUUGCUUCCUGGCGGUUGUGAGAUGAUGUUAAAUAGGUUUGUUUGUAGCGAGUAACAAACAAACCUAUUAAUUUUGUAUAGAGAGAAAAAAGGUAACUAAGCGGGUGCCAUAUCCUCGCCCAUAUACUGCCGAUUUUAAAUUAAAUUUUUAGUGAGCGUUUAAAAUAGAAAACACAUGGUGUUGUGAUUCAUUUUGAGCGACAAUGACUAGGUUAGGUAGAAAAGAGAAUGCGGAUAUUAAACCACCCCAUGCCAUUAAUGGAGGCCACCUUAGCACAGAUGUUAGCAUGUCCGCCUAUGACGCUGUGCGCCUGGGUUCAAAUCCUCGGAGGAACAUCAGCGGUGGUUAUCCCCUUCUGAUGCUGGCGACAUUUUUGAGGUACUUUGCCAUGUAAAAACUUCUCCCCAAAGAGGUGCCGCUCUGCAAUUGUAAUUCGAUUGAGCUCUGACACUUAGUUGGCAGAGUCUGUUAGCCGCGAAAAUCGGUAAGGGGUCUCCUUUUUAUUACCGAGUCCGAAGUAAGUGCCGCAGAACGACAACAGGUAGUAAAGAAGUUUAAUAUACCUCAACAAUGUUGCCAGUAUUAGUGCAAAUUUUUAUAAUAUUCCUGCCUGAGCUUCAGAGGGAAUGAUACACUAACUUUUGAGUUGAUGGCCGCCGUUAAAAUUAAUAUAGCUCAGACACGUGUUUAUAAUCGUCAGCUUGUCUGUGUAUAAGGGUGGAUCAAUUUUUGGCGUUUGUUAAAAUCGUUAUCUAUAACAAAGUUGUGCUCAAGUAACCAUGGGACUAAAAUUUAAACCGAGUUUCGGUUUUUGACUACAAAAUCGGUUCUAUUGAUAUGGCACAAAAAACAAAAUUUUGGCAUAAAAACCGGAAGCUCGACUUUGAAUUUAGACCCGUGGUGUUUAAUUAAACUUUUAGAAUUGGCCGUAUAUUUCGAUUUUAAAAGCCGCUGUGUGUUUUUAUCCUACAUAAAUUGAGCUCCCCUAAUUUGCAUCUCCUGAGGAGCAGUGCUCUGCACCCACUAGAGUAUCUAAUACCUAACAGAACCGUCCUGACAUUACGGACCGAGGGCAUGUACAAACCAUUCAUUGGUAACUCUUUUUGCUGAAAUAAUGAACGCUGAACCCAGAUGUUGUAUUUCAAGUCUAUUGAAAAGCGAGCCACUGAAGACGUAGUAAAACACACAAGUUGGUGUUAAGUAGAAAAUUUUGAAAAACAACCCCCAUUCAGUGCUUGGUAGUAUUUUUAUCUCAAAAUGAAAAAAAAAAAAAUAACUCGCUGGACACUGAGUCAUAUGAAAGCGUCUCGCUGUCUUUUUCAAGAGGUGAACUGAUCACGAGAAUCGUUGUUGUUUCUGUCUCAUAUAAAAAAUCUACGUCUGCGAGUGUGAGUUUACCCAUGCUUUUGUCAAAUCAACCACGUUGCAUCGUACGAAAGCAGACGACAAGAAAAAUACUUUGUCUGAAGCAAAAUGUACCCGAAUGCUUGCACUGUACAGCGUGCAUUCACUGAAUUAUGAAUCAAUCUCUCUUUUUGCAUUCACUUAUUUCAUUGUCUUGUUAUCUGUUUAACUCAGUUCUCAAUUGUCUCAUACAAUGUUGUAUUUUUUAACGAAGGGUUCAGUUCUUAAAAUACUCUAUGAUUGUUAGUGUGUCUUGAAAGCAGAAAUAAAUGGUCUUGUGCAGGCCUUUGUUACGGACGUAUUUAGUGAUUCAGAUGAAAAAGCAUCGCUUCCCCAAUAUGGAGAGCCUGUGUUUCUGCAGACCCUGAUAUUCAGAUGAGCAAGAAGCGCAUGAUACAAAUAAAUGCGUAAUCAUUUUAUUCUCAUCAAUCCAUCUUCUUUAGUAACCAAUCGCGCCAUAGAACCAAUCGCUUAUCAAUUAUACCUCCGAGAUACACUAAAUAAAUAUCCGAUGAACCUUCCAUUAAGCAGCCUGUGCUCUUGCAAACCCGGAUGUGGUAAAAAAUGCAUCUUUAUCAAGACAGCUUUUGCAGUAAUUAUUAGACGAGUUUUACAUGCGUGCCGCCAAAAGAUAUAUUGCGCAUCGAAAAUCUCUUAGAGGUACAAUUGAAAGGUCUACCAGAUGGAAGAACAACUCUCUCCAUUUGUUAAAAUGCCUAUUCUCUUGUAGACCUGAACGUGAACCAAGCAAGUGCGAUAUCACUUCAUGCUCCCAAGACAUCUUACACAGCAACCUAAUUGUGUGAUUUCAAUGCGUGCCGCCAUAGGGUCUAUCGUUCAGUGCCCAGUUAUGUAUAGAUUUUCCCUCUUGACCGGGUAUCGUUUGUCUAAAAAUGUAUUCGCAGCAUAGACGAUGCAUCACGUGCUUUGGACCAAGACUUAUAAGUCUUCGUGAAGUGAUUGAUGCUUGUGAUGGGAUUGCUUGAUGUGUUCUAUGGAUAAGACAAGCUUAAAAAUGUAAUGUACGUUCUCCUACACUUGAUGCUGGAGAGUUAGCUUAUAAUGGAUAAACCGUGGCUAUUUUGCUACCCCUUGAACUAACUCAAGCAACCACAAUUUUUUCCGUACAAAAACCAAUGUUUUCUGUUGUUUUUAAAACAUCAUUUGGAUUGCCGCAGUCUUCUGAAUCAUCAAUGUCUCCGCGACUACAUUUGAAGUCGGGAUAUACAUGUGUAUUUCACAUUUAUUACCACUUUUCAAGACAAUGCUUCACUUGAAUUAUAUUACCAUGCUUGGUAUAAAAGUAUAAAAAAAUCGGCUGACUUAACUUUUGUAAAUUUUUUCAGUUGAUAUUUAAGGAAAAAAAUCAAUAAAUUUAAUCUAGUGUAUCAUAAUUAUUUCCAAAACUCUCACAUAACAUAUAUGCCUUUAACACGAAAAAAAUUUCCCCCUCAAAAAUAUUAUGAAAUCAUCAAAAUUACAUACAUACAACUAUAUAUUGAAAACAAAAAAUAGUGUAAAAUUAAACCCCUAGUUGGUUUAUGUAUGUACCUAGUGGACCCUUUUCCAAAUAUGUAAAGCCCAUUUAAUUAAAUAAAUAAAAACUAUAUAACAAUAUUAGAUGUAUGUAUAAAAAGGGCAAGUAACUAUGAAAUAAAGAAUACCAAAUAAAAAAGAAUUAUGAAAAAAUAACAAAGAUUAUAGUAAAAAUGUUGAGAAAUUAUAUUAUUGGUGUAGGAUGAUUAUCCCAGCUACCCUAAAAAUAUAUAAAUGAUGUAACUUAGAAUUACACAAACCCAAGAACACAAACACACACAAACCCAUAAACAAAUAUAUAUUAAUUGUGUGUUUUGAGAUAUAUUAUUGUAGAUUUUCAAGUUAGGAUUUAUUAUUAUUACUAUUUAAUUUGGAAUAACCAAAAAUUGAAAAUUAUACAAUAAUUAAAGGAAAGCUUUAACUUGUACCAUGCUUCAACUAACUACUAUAUACAUACAUAUACAUGCAUACAUACAACAUACACAAAUACAUGCAUAUAUACUCAAUAAUUCAAAGAAAUAAAAUGAAUCUCAUUAAUAUACAAA